UCUUUGCGGUUUUUUUGGAUUCUGAACGUUGUCUUAUCUGUCACAUGUGAAAGUCAAACUCUUUAUUUCAAUUAUCCUAGAAUCGUUAAUCCAGAGGUUGUUAGGUUUUGUUAAGUGAAAUUUGUCAUGGGUUUGUUUGCUCCUUUGGGAAUUCUAUCGGUUUUGUUAUGAAAAGGAUAUCAAUCCGCUAGUUCAUGAUCAGUGAACUAAUGUUGACCCAGAAGCCCUAGCCAAUGUUUAUAGUGGGGGAAGAGGGCAAACUAUGAAUGAUAAUACAUCAAAAAAGGUCGAGACUUUGGUUUCUGAUGGUGGACCAGUGAAUGUAUAUAUAUGGGACAUGGACGAGACUCUUAUCUUACUUAGAUCUCUGUUAAAUGGGACUUAUGCUGAGUCUUUUAAUGGCUCUAAAGAUGUUCAAAGAGGUGUAGAGAUUGGGGAGAUGUGGGAGAGACACAUACUUAAGAUCUGUGACGAUUGUUUCUUCUAUAAGCAAAUUGAGGAUUGCAAUGAGCCAUUUAUUGAUUCCUUGAGACAGUACGAUGACGGGAAGGAUCUUUCUCUGUAUGACUUCAAACAAGACGACUUUAGUACUCCUACCGAUGACUUAAACAAGAGGAAACUUGCGUACAGGCAUCGAGCUGUUGCGCUCAAAUACGAGAAGGGUCUACGUCCUUUUGUUGACAGUGAAACAAUGAGUGUAUUGGAUGAGUUGUAUAACAUAACAGAUGGAUACACAGACCGGUGGCUCUCUUCAGCAAGGGCCUUCUUGGAGCAGUGUUCAUGUGUGAAAGAAGCGUCUGGUGAUGGAACAAGUGCAAUAGAUCAAAGCUCUCAGGAUAUACAUAUUCUAGUGACUUCUGGUGCACUCAUACCAAGCCUCGUGAAGUGCAUGCUUUUCCGGCUAGAUACAUUCAUAAGACAUGAAAAUGUGUACAGUUCAAUAGAUGUGGGGAAGCUCCAGUGUUUCAAAUGGAUCAAGGAGCGUUUCAACCAUCCGAAUUUCAGGUUCUGUGCGAUCGGGGACGGAUGGGAAGAGUGUGCAGCCGCGCAGGCAAUGCAAUGGCCAUUCGUGAAGAUCGAUUUGCAACCGGAUAGCUCCCACAGAUUCCCUGGCGUAACGCCCAAGACUGUGAGCUACUACUUUGCUGCUGUAUACGAGAACUCUGAUGCUGAAACCAAGAAAGAGUAAGCAACAAUCGACAAGCUUUCCUUUGUAAAAUAUGCAUGUAAAGUUCACAUGCAAACAAGCACCUAUGUUUAUACAUGACUAAGCUGAUCCAGUUUAAGUCAGCAUCUGGUAUUUUAAAUCAA